UUCUCUUUCUCUCUCAACAGUUAUUAGCCACCUGUUUCUACCGCCGGAAUCACAACCGUUGAUUCUUUCUUGGUCCAUCAUGCCCGUUGAUCUUGCCGGAGAUUGAAGAAAGAAUAAAGAUGGCGUGGUAGGAUUCUACAGAGAGAGAGAGAAAGAGAAAGACAGAGACAGAGAAAGAGCAAUGCCGUCGCCGGCGAAGACGCAGCAAAUAUUGGAGAUCAACUUGAUCUCAGCACAAGGCCUGAAGCCUCCUUCAUCUCCCCGGCGAAGGCUCCAAACCUACUCCAUCAUAUGGAUCGACUCCUCCAUCAAGCUCCGAACCCGAGUCGACAAAAUCGGAGGCCAGAACCCUACCUGGAACGACAAGUUCCUCUUCCGCGUCACGCCGGAGUUCCUCGCCAGCGAUACUGCCGGCGUUUGCGUCGCCAUCUACGCCGUCGGAACCUUCCGCGACCACCUCGUCGGCACCGUUAGGUUUCUGAUCAGCAACAUCCUCUCCUCCGACGCAGACGCCGCCAUAACCCCCUGCUUCAGCGCCUUUCAGAUUCGCCGGUCGUCGGGGAGGUUCCACGGCGUGAUGAACAUCGGCGCCAUGGUGAUAGAAGGCUCCGAUUUCCCGGCGCUGGAUAAGAUAUCGGCGAUCGGGUACCGUGACCUCAUGGGAGAGAAGAUUAGAAACCGCAGGAGAAAGACGCCGGAACCGAAAGCGGAGCACGCAGACGUGGCGGACGACGUUUCGAGCGAAUCUUGUGAGAAUUCUUGCACGGAGUCAGUGGACGAGGCGGAGUCUUCGACGACGUCAUCUUCGUCGUCGCCCAGAACGACGGCGUUGAAAGAAUGGAACGGAGUGAGGGAAUUGGCGGGAAGGAAAGGGUUAACGGCUUCGGGAUUGUUGUGCUGCUUGGUUGCCGAGAGGAGUGUCCACCACCUCAGUACAAGUAACCCCAAUAUGGAAAGGUAAUAAAGGAACGAACUACCACUAUUAUCUCAACCUAAUCCACCAUUCAUUCACAUUCUCGUCUUCUCCAUUGAACGAUAGAGAUCUUU